AUAUCCUGCAGAAAAUAUUAAAAAAAAACCCAAUUAUCCGUCAGUCCGGUGUAAGCGUGAGAGCUUUGUUAUUGUUUUUUUAGUACGGACUGCGUGACGGAUCGUUGAUUGGCUUAGGUGCAAAAUAUUGCUGGUUCGCUGUCCCGGGGGCACCAAAUCCAGAUGGUUAUGCCAUCAGUUUCAGGUCAUUUGCUGAUCUACGAGUUCUUGCUUUCUUUCCGCUGUUGGCGCAGCUGUAGCCCGGAACAAUUGUUUGAUACCGCGGUCCGGAAAACCUAAACCGAGAACGGGAAGUGCGAGGAUGACAGGCGCUGGUCAUUCGGACAGAUUGCGAUCGAAAAGGGCAAAAUGUUGGGUUUGAAAUUAUGGAGGUGUGCCGCUAUUAAACUUAAAAUUCGAGUGCUUCAAGCAAAGGUUUCCGAAAUCAGUGGCCCUUAUGUGAAGAGGGUUGUGGAAAAUUUGACCGAACCCGAUGAUAGACAAAAUGAUGCCGUGAAUGCUCGCAGCGAGCUAGAUCUUCGCAUUAUGGCCUCAUCUACCAAAUUCCAGAGGUUGAAUUGGCAUACAGUUUUCCGGAGAAAAUAGAGUAUAAUUUGGUAUCGUACGGUAGCUGCCAAAUACCGACGUUGGCUUUAGUGGCCAAGAAGUAUAAAAAGAUCGAACGCUUUAUUCCACAACACUAUUGCAAGAUCAAACGUUAGUAUUUGGUGAAAGCUAACAAAACUCUUCCUCAGAAGGGGCUUAAGGCGGCCUUGAAAAUUCUGAGAGAGAACACGCCAAAUCCUGAAAUUUUUCUCACUAUUCAAACAAAAUUUAAUGUAGCUAAAAAAAUAAAAACGCUGGUAAAAACAGUCUAUGACCAUGGUGAUUACUUUGACCAGCAAAAUCCCGUCACUGCGACGAUUGCCAAAUCCUACCUCGAUGAGCUGGUCGUCAAAGAAAUGGACAAGUAGCAAAUUUGGCUGGUACUUAAAAAUUAAUAUCUCCUGGAAGAAGGACAACUUCCGGUGAUCUCAAAAUUGUUGGCAAUAGGAGAUGAAAAAUUGCGGCUCGGUUUUCGGAUCGACGAGACGCCGGAAAACGAUUGUGCAGUGGAUCUAGAGGACAAUUUUGAUCAUCGAAGUGAAAUGGACGGGGAAGAAGAAACAAGGAAAUCAUCGAAAAAACGAAAGAAAAUGGAAAACCUAAACGGCGGAGAGCAAAGCGUUCCAUAGUUGAUGACCAGUUCUUUUGUCUAGAGGAUAUGGCUUGGUUUUUGGACCAGCAAGAUGAGCGAGAAAUGCGGAAAUUAUCGGGAAAACCAGAACGAGAUGCACUGAUUGAUGUCGAUUAUUUCGGUGAAAACUUUGGGGAGGAAAACGACUCGGAAGAAGACAAUAUGAUGUAUAAUCACUUUUUCGACGACGACGAUGUUGACUCAGAUAUUAAUACGGCGAAGAAACAAACCAAUGAUGUUGCAGAAUCAGAAGAUGAUGAGAUAGAAAAUGAUAAUAAUGAUGAAGAAGACGAAACCGGCGAAGCUAACAAAAACCCGUCAGUAGAAGCAGAAUAUGAGGAUGAAGUUGAAAAGAACAGAAGACUUCGAUUUGAACUGUACAACGGUUCGGGUGAUUUCAUUCCAAGUACCUCGGUCAAGAAGUCUGUUGUCUCAAAACCUGGUGUAUCUAAAGACGAAGAUUCUGAACAAGAAAAAAACCGCAAGAUCUAAUUGAGGGCGAAGAUCAGGACCCCAGAUCUUCAUUCGAACUGCGACAGACAAAAUUACAGCAACGGAUUCAGAAAAUGGAAGACCAACUGUUGCAGGAUAAGCCGUGGCAGCUGAAAGGUGCCACUGUACCCAACCUCGAUCGAAAACAUUCCUCGGAGUUGAUGAUGCUGAUGUAGUCAUGUGCCGUUGCAAUCAAUCCGCCAAGGAACUUACGUUUAAAAAAGAUGGUCCCAAUAAAGUUCGGCAUUUUUUCAGUUGUUGUAAACCACGAAACGAACAGUGUGGUUUUUUCCAAUGGGCUGAUGAAAAUACUACUCCUGCAGCAGGAUCAUCAUACUGGGGAAAAAGUCGUGAUCCGAUGAAUUUGAACGAAUUCCCGUGCAAGUUCCUCACAAUUUUGGAACGGUUCCGGAUACGAAGCUGGAAAAAUUUUCAGUUGGUUUUGCCAUGACCUAAGUGUGUAACUGUAUGUUUCCUUCGUAAGAAUACUGUGAUAUUUGUGAACGAAAGAAUUAAAUGACAGAUUGAAAUUAAAUUACAUGUAGAGUGUACAAACGAAACAAAAAUCUAGCUAGUAUAUAGCAUUGUCCUCUUAUAGCGAACUGCAAAACUUAUGAGACAACCUGACGAAAAGUCAUCAAAACGAAUUCUUCAACCGACGAGUAUUCCUCUUUAUUAUCACGUCUCGAUUGUUUCAGAUGUUGAUUUUCCUUGUAAAACCGUGAUUCUCACGGUUCAAAACAAGCCAAACGGAAGAUGAUGGUAAAAGAGAAAGAAAAAAGUUUUGAUUUGACUGAGCUAUGGCUUUUAAAAUGGCAAUUGAAUGGAAAAUCGUUUAGUCUGAUGGUGAUUUCACAUAAUUGAAGCAGUGCCGAAAUCGACAAAGAAAAGGCAAACAUGCUACAUCUGCCAGGCUUUGUCGGUUGCGUUUCUGUUUCAAAAACCUCAUAAAGGUAACAAGAAAAUUUUCCCAGGACCUUUCUUUUUUAUGAAAAAGACACAACAACUUUAUUAUAAUGUUUUUAAUACACAUAUUUUCCGUCAAUUUUUAUUUUUCUAUCGAUGAAUAUUUUGUGUCAUGUUCUGCCUUGUGAGUAUUAUUUAUGUUGGUGUGUCUAGGGGCGGGGAUGCAAGUUAAAAUUUCAGUUGACUUCUAAGAAAAUUGAAACACUUUCGUAACAAGUUUUAUAGUUUUUUUUUCUUCUGCUGCUGCUUCAUAUACUCAGUGCAAUAUUCUUCGUAUAUAUAGGUAUAUAUAUAUAGGUAUAUAUAGGUAAAACAUAGGAAUGCUGACAACGCGAUGAGUUUGCCAUUUAUGAAUUCGUUCUUUAUCUUGUUCUAACAGUACAUUAAUUGAGUUUAUUUGUGUUGCCGUUGGCUGUUGCUAAGCUCGAGGAUGUCUUUUAUGAUUUCAAUCUUUUUUUUUUAAUCAUAUUAAGAUUCUUAACUAUCUUUGAAUAAUAGCAUGAAUGAUUACCUUAUUACAGUAUAUGUAAAUUCGGUGCGACUUUCAACGUUAAAAGCUACAUUGGAAAAUUUUCAAUAUCAAUGUAGAGUAAGAAGUUUAAUUGUUUUCAUUCUCCAAAAAACUGGUUUACAAACUCUUGUUGACUGUGCGAUUAUAUAAGUAUUGAUAAAAUGCAUCUACUCAUUACGUGGUGAGAAAUGUAUAAAUAAAUAUAACGAUGCGAUACACAAAAAAAAACUACAAAAUAGUGAUGAAAUAUAGACCAUCGUUCUUUAUAUAGCUUUUCUAUAAAAUGGGGUUUCCUAUUUUGAGGGCCAAAUUUGUUCUCGCAAUGAGGUUUACAACCUUUAAAAUUCCUUUCCUCUAUUAGAUUCUGCUCUGAUAAUCUAACUAUUAUAAGCUGCUUUGAUAUCAGCUCAUGAUAAAAUCUAAAACAAAACAAAAAUAAUGCUUUCCCUACAGCAUACAGGCUGUAAGUUUUGUUCCCCCCUGAAUGAGCUGCUGCCCUCCUCUUUA